AUGGCGGAGGCUUCUGGGGGCGAAGCCGAAGAAAUGGCCUCGGGGGCGGAUACCAACCCCUUGCGCAACGGCUGUGACGACCUCUGGACAUGGGACCGCAGAGAAAGGAGUCCCGAGGUCCGACUGUACGGAUCCAACUUCAGGAUCGCUCAUUUCCACCCGAAUUGGAGCAGCGGCACCGCCGGGGUGAGAGGUACCAGGGUACUCAACAACGGGCGGUACUUCUGGGAGCUGCACUUGUCCAGGAGGAUAUUCGGGACGAGUAUGAUGUUCGGAAUAGGUACAAAAAAAGCCCGCCUUCACGCCGAUUCCUUCACCAAUCUGCUGGGCAAGGACGACCAAGGCUGGGGCCUCUCCCACAAGGGCCUCCUCUGGCACGGGGGCAGGUGGACGCACUACACCAAACCCUUCCGGGAGAACGUCGCGACGAAGAUAGGCAUCCUGUUCGACGGCAUCGCCGGCACCCUGACCUACUACAAGGACGAGAAAUGCCUGGGCGUCGCCUUCAGGGGCCUGAACGAGGUGAAGGAACCCCUCUACCCCAUCAUCUGCUCGACUGCCGCAAAGACUGAGAUGUUCCUGGACGCCAUGAAGAGAGACUUCGUGAACCUUCAAGACCGCUGCAGGGCGGUGAUAGUCAAGAGGAUCAAGAGCAGGCAGGACCUGGAGAAACUCUUCCUGCCGCCUAAAAUCAGGCUGUAUCUCAGCGAGGCCAUCGUGGACACCGUUGAACCGUUCAAGCCGGUCAAUCAGAACGUGUCGAAUAAUAUUGGGACGAUUUGAUUUUUUUCAAUGAUGAAUCUGUAAACGAUCAUGAUCUCAACCCGCGAAUUUGGAAUCCUGUGCCAUGCUGAUGUGUAAAUGUUUCUUCAAAAUGCGGUAUGUAUAGUGCGCAUGGUUUCCUGAUUAAUAUACAGGGAGUAUGUAUUCCAAAAUUAAAUAGCUUUCACGAUAAAUUUUGAUUGGAAUUGUUUUACUUAUUUAAUAAAUUCAGCAGUUCCGGAACAAAUUUUGCUACCAUUAGUUCCAUGCUCAAAACAUUCGUAAAAAUCGCUUCGCGUAAGACAUAUGAAAUUCCUAUAUCUUCAACAACC